CUUGGGCAAAAUGAAAUCGCCCUCGGCCAGCAAGCUCAAGGUACCUGCACACAGUAGGGUUCCUCCAUACAAGCCCAGCAUACGAACCAAGGUUCCUUUUGGCUUUUUACUGUAGCCCCAACUCCCAUUAUCAUAUCUGACACUAUCUGCGCGCUGCCUUUGGCUUGCUUCUUCCUUUUUGGUUCGCGUUUGUGGACAGCCUUUUAUAUCUCCCACCUUGUAUCCGGCGUCACGUCACACCAUCGGCCGCCCCCUCCAUAACCCCCGACCGGCUGGGAGAGGUCGAGGUGCGGACGCCAACAUCCAGAUGAGUUCGACUCGGGAGCCACCGCGGCGCAGGGCCACAGGCGCCUCUACCUCUGGGCUUCCCGGCCCCUCAACCACGAGACCGACCGCUAUCGGCCGCGCAGGCUCUCGACUCGGCGUGCGUUCAUCCACGGCGACGGCGAGGAACGUCCGCCAUGGCUCGGUGGUCGCGUCUCGGAUAGACCGUUCCGGUGCUGUAUCGCCAACAGGCUCGGUCUCCUCGGUCGCCACCACGGGCACCAAGCGUAAGGAGCGCGACUUCGACGCCGAGGCGGGCGCUGGUGACGGAAACGCCGGGACCAACAUCAAUGUCGUCGUCCGCUGCAGAGGCCGCAACGACCGCGAGGUGCGCGAGAACAGCGCCGUCGUGGUUUCGACGGCGGGUGUGAAGGGGGCUGUCGUCGAUCUCUCUAUGGGCCCCAACGCUCUAAGUAACAAGACAUACAACUUCGACCGCGUCUAUUCCUCAGCUGCCGACCAGAGCAUGAUAUUCGAGGACACGGUCAAGCCGAUUCUCGACGAGAUGCUCACGGGAUACAACUGCACGAUUUUCGCCUACGGCCAAACAGGAACCGGCAAGACCUACACGAUGACGGGCGACAUGCAAGAGUCGAUGGGCAUACUGUCGGAUGCUGCCGGCAUCAUCCCUCGCGUUCUGCAGGCGCUGUUCAACAAGCUGGAGGCCGAGGAAAGUGACAACUGCGUGCGGUGCUCGUUUAUCGAACUUUACAACGAAGAGUUGCGGGAUCUGCUCUCAGCCGACGACGGCGCGAAGCUGAGGAUAUACGACGACAACUCGAGGAAAGGCCAUUCCACGACGGUGGUGCAGGGCAUGGAAGAGCGUCACAUAACAUCUGCUGCUGAAGGCAUAAAACGCCUACAGGAAGGCAGUGUCCGCAGGCAGGUGGCCGCCACCAAGUGCAACGACCUCAGUAGUCGAAGCCACACCGUCUUCACCAUCACAGUAUACGUCAAGAGGCCGGGCGAGAACGGCGAGGAUUAUGUUAGCGCGGGGAAGCUCAACCUCGUCGACCUGGCUGGCAGCGAGAACAUCCAGAGGUCGGGAGCCGAAAACAAGCGGGCGGCUGAGGCUGGCCUCAUCAACAAGAGCUUGCUGACCCUGGGGCGCGUCAUCAACGCGCUGGUCGACCGCAGCGCCCAGGGUGACAAGAGUCACCACAUCCCCUACAGAGAGUCGAAGCUCACUAGGCUCCUACAAGACUCCCUUGGAGGCCAGACCAAGACGUGCAUCAUCGCCACCAUAUCACCGGCGAAAAGCAACCUGGAGGAGACCAUAUCGACGCUGGACUAUGCCUUCCGGGCGAAGAACAUCCGGAACAAGCCCCAGAUAAAAACGAUAAUGAGCAAACACACCCUGCUCCGGGAGUUCACGGCCGAGAUCGAGAAGCUGAGAGGAGAGCUAGUCACGACGAGGCAGCGCAACGGCGUCUACCUCUCCAACGAAUCAUACGAGGAGCUAACGGUGCAGAACGAGUCGCGGAGGAUUCUCACCGAGGAGCAGUCUGCCAAGAUAGAGACUAUGGAGACGAACCUGCGAAACAAGGUCCAGGAGCUCUUUGAUCUCACUUCGAGCUUCAUGGGACUCAAGAAGGAAAACGAGGGCACCAAGGCCCAGCUUGACGACACCAAGGAGGUUCUCGACCAGACAGAGGUGGUCCUGACGGCGACACGCAAGGCGCUCGGAGACGAGACAGAGCUGCGCAAGGCCCACCAAGAAACCGAGGAGAAGCUUGCUACUCUAGGCAAUGAGCUCAUUGGCACUCUGGACAGAACGGUUAGGGAUGUCAGCGGACUCCGUGCCAAGAACAAACGCAAGUCGGAUCUCCAGAGCCUCAACCGCAGCACAUGGGCGACGUCUCAAGAUCAGGUGGCGGAUGUGACGGAAAUGGUCGAGGGCCGCAUCCAGGAGUUCAGGCAAGACCAAGAGGAGCACAUAUCAAGCGUGUCAGAACGAGUCGAGUUCUUUGUCCAGGCCGAGCUGCAGAAGCUCUCGGAGACGCAGGCGUUCCUGGACGAGCACAUUGAACAGUUCGCGGCAUCCAAGGAGCAGCUGCUGGAGCAUAAGGCGCAGUCGAAGCAGGAGAUGGACGCAGUGUUGGACGAGAUCAAGGUGGUACGGGACAACAUCAAGGAACGUGUGGGGGAGAGCCUACAGGUCAUUGCAGGCGCCGCAGAGAGGAUAGCGGCAGACGUGGUCAGCGAGCUGAGCCAGUUCCACAGCCAGCUGCAGUCGUCAUACAACAGCCUCGGCAAGGACUUCAAGGCCAUGUUCGAGGACCUGUCCAAGACGCUCAUAUCUCAAAGGACCGAGUCUGAUAAGCUCAGGCGGCAGCUGGAAGGGGCUAGCGAGUCCUUGAUUCAGUCCAACGCCGUCGCAUCGUCGCGGAUCCAGGAGAUUGUGGCCGAGGAGCGGAGACAGGCCGCCGAGGAGAGGAAACUUCUUCUGGCCCAGAUCACGCUCCUCAUCAACAACCAGGGAGAUGCGCAGGAGACGCGCCUCUCGGCCAAGGCCUCUCAGAUCAGCCAGGACAUGCUCAGCUCAACCGCCGCUUUUGAGGACAACAUUGUCCAGUACUCGGAGGGGAUGGAAACCUGGGCCGACAAGGACAGCGAGAUGCAGAGUGAGGUUGGAAAAUCCAACGAGACCUUGAAGACAAAGGUUAAGGAAGACUGGAAUGCCGCCAACAAGCACAGCACCUCGAUCCAGGCCACGACCAAGUCCAUCCACGCCGAGACAGUCCGUGUUGUCGACGAGCAGAUGCGAGACCUCGACGUGCAGAUGCAGGACCUGGAUGGCUUCGUCACUCGAGCCCGGUCCCAGAACGCCACGCACCUCAGUCGGGAUACUGGCGCGGUGCAGCAGCUGUCUCAAACCGUCGAGGCUUCGUACGGAGACAUUUCGGCCUGCUUCAAAGAUGGCUUUGAGCGCAUCAAGGCCGUCGGCGAGGAGCUCGAGGCUGAUCAUGCCGAGCUCCAGGAAUCACUGGAGCCGCUGGACGUUAACGUCUGCCACCCCCUCUCGAACCUACGAGACGCCAUAUCGAACACUAUUCUACAGGAGUACCAGCCCACGGGCGAUACGCCCGAAAAGACCCAGUACCUCUACCCGAAGGAUCUCCCGCGGACUGCUAUUCCCCCAUCUCGGCUGGCGCGGCUGCAUGACGACGAUGGGCCUGCCCCCACCCCCUCAAAAACAGCGCCCACCAUCUUCAAUGACUUGGACAGCGAUGCCUCGGGCAUACUGCGCCCGAGGUCCCCGUCGGCGUCGUCAACCAUGUCGGGUUCCAUCAGCACUAGCAACCAGCCGCGGCACCCGCUCGGCACUAGCCUGCGUGAAGUGAACCCGAACCUCGCCGCCGGAGGCGUCCACUUCAGCGCAGGCGCUAGCACAUUGUCUCUAGGCUCGGGCCUGGCGACAACGACGGCGAACGGCAAGGAAGGGGACGGGCAGAUGCAGCCCCUGUUUCGUCGCAGCAAGAGAAAGUCGGCAUCGGGUAGCCACGGAAAAGUGGGCGGCGGCGGCAAGAUUCCGGGAAGCAAGGCGGCGUCCCUCGGAGUUGAGAAUAUGCCGCCCUCGUCAGCAUUGUCGCAGAGCAUGUCGAGGAGGAAGAGUCCGCGUCUGCAUUGAGGGCGGCGGGACUUACAGAUUUAUUCAGCUUGUUUUUCAUCGUUUAUAUCAUAGGCAGGGCCUUGCGCUCAGACCUGUUUGCUUUUGGCUGGGCUUAGGGCAUGGAUUGUUAGACGUGUAUUCAUGGGCGUCGUAGAGGCGCUCUUGGUUUUUUGGUUGGGGCGGCCAUGUUUUAUUUUUUUCCUUGGGUGGUAGUUGCCGUGCGGCUUCGUUUUACUGCUGUACUUGCUACUCGAGUAUAUUGAUACCCUUACGGAUCGAUCCGGACGAGUUCGCCUUAGUUUAACAUUCAUGAUAUGAAUGCAGUCCUCUCGACGCAACCGUCACCCCUCCGACCUUCUCCUCUAUCAAC